UUAGCCUGCUGGUCUUUUCCUCUUGCCCUGAGGCAUCCAUCCUGCCUACCACCCUACAUCGGAAGCUUACUGAGCAUGGAUCUUCCUCUGCUGUUUCUUCACCUGGGUACAGUGUUGGUGCCGUGGUGCUCUGGAUUCAGCGUGGACGUGGGCGCACCAACUAUUUUCCAUGGGCCAGUUCAGAGCUUUGGGGCGAGCGUGGCACAGACCAAGAAUACGGUGUUGGUUGGGGCCCCUCUCCAGAUAGGACGAGUGAAUGAAACCGGUCAACUCUACCGUUGUCAGUAUCCUUCUGGCGCUUGUUCAAACAUUCAUAUCCAACGACCCGUAGAUGCGGUUAAUAUGUCCCUUGGUUUGUCCUUGGCUACCCAGAAUUCUCAGGUCUUGGUAUGUGGCCCCACAGUGCACCGAGCCUGUGGAAAAAAUAUGUAUGUGAAUGGCUACUGCUUCCUUCUGAACCAGCAUUUCCAACAGGUCCAACGUUUUCCAGAGACUUUGUCAGAAUGUUCUGCUUAUCCGACGGACAUUGCAUUCUUGAUUGAUGGCUCAGGUAGCAUCAAUACACAGGACUUUAACAAAAUGAAGCUUUUUGUUUCUGAGAGCAUCAGAAGACUAUCUGGGAGAAACACACGGUUUGCCCUCAUGCAGUUUUCAGACAAAUUCAUGGAACAUUUUAAUUUCAACAGUAAUGAUCCAGCACACCGGGUAAUGGACAUUCACCAGAUACAUGGAUGGACCCACACAGCCACAGCCAUCAAGAAAGUUGUGAAUGAACUGUUCACUUCUUAUAAAGGCUCCCGAGAUGGGGCCACCAAGAUUCUUAUUGUGAUAACAGAUGGGAAGAAGACGGAUGACCUCCCAUACCGCCAUGUGAUACCAUUGGCCCAGAAGGCUGAAAUCAUCCGCUAUGCUAUUGGGGUUGGAGGUGCUUUUUCAACCACCAGUGCCAAGCAGGAACUGAGAGACAUUGCCUCUGAGCCUAAAGACGAGCAUAUUUUCAAAGUGGACAAUUUUGAUGCCCUCAGAGGUAUCCAGAACCAGCUGCAGGACAGAAUUUUUUCCAUUGAAGGUACACAAUUCCAGAGGAGCAGUUCCUUCCAGCUGGAAAUGUCCCAGGAAGGAUUCAGUGCCCUGCUGACUCCAGAAGAAACUUUCUUAGGAGCUGUGGGAGCCUAUGACUGGUCUGGAGGGGUGUUUCUAUAUCAAAACAACAAGAGAAACUCCCUCUUUAUUAAUGUCUCUAGCACUGCAGAGGAUGUGAACAAUAUCUAUCUUGGCUAUUCUUCUCAGACUGUCCAGCUCAAUGGGAGAAGAGGCCUUGUAUUGGGAGCCCCCCGCUACAACUAUGUUGGCAAAGUUGUUCUCUUCGAGAGAUAUGCCCAGAGUGGAGAAUGGCUGUGGGAAAUGGAGGCUGUUGGGGAGCAGGUCGGUUCCUAUUUUGGAGCAACAAUAUGCUCAGUGGACCUGGAUCAAGACACAAACACAGACUUGAUUCUGGUUGGAGCCCCCAUGUACUAUGAUGGUGUUACAGGAGGAAGGGUUUACAUCUGUCAUUUUAAGAAGACAACACUUCAGUGUAGCCCAGCUUUGAAAGGGCUGGGGGGACACAUUUUUGGUCGCUUUGGAGCCAGUAUGGCAGAAACGGGUGACAUCACUGGGGACAGAUGGACAGAUGUCGCAAUUGGGGCCCCCAUGGAGAAUGAGAAUGCAGGAGCCUUGUAUAUAUUUGCAGGGAAACAGACUUCAAUCAAUCCCAAUUAUAUCCAGCGCAUUGAAGGGCUGAAGUUUUCUGGAGGAUUCUUGUACUUUGGCCAAGCAGUCAGUGGAGGAACAGACCUUACAGGGGAUGGACUGAAAGACAUUGUUGUGGGACGACAAGGACAGGUCGUGCUGCUAAGAUCCCGUCCCAUUCUGCAAAUGAGGGUCUCCAUUGAUUUCCACCCUCCUGUGAUCCCCACUGCAGUCUUUGACUGUCAUGGACAAGAAUUCUUGGGGAGAGAGGCCAGCAAGGCAACAGUGUGUUUUAAAGUGGCUUUGGCAACUCAGCAGACACUAGGUAAAAUACUGAGUGACCUUCAGUACACCUUGGCCCUGGACUCUGGAAGAAGGAAGAUUCGCGCCUCCUUCCACUCUAAAUCCCCUGUUCUCAGUACAAGUUUGGUGAUUGGCCUGGAACAGACUUGCCGAGAUUAUUCAAUUAUAUUGCCUAUCUGCAUUGAGGAUACUCUGACGCCCAUCAGCUUGUGGCUCAAUUACAGCCUCACAGGGAGGCCCAUCUCAAAUUUCAAGGGCCUCCAGCCCAUCCUAAGUGGAGAGUCCCCGGAGAUCUACACAGCACAGCUCCCCUUUGAGAAGAACUGCGGCAGCGAUGGCAAAUGUCAAGAUGCUUUACAAACCUCUUUCACUUUUUCAGGCCUGGGCCUGCUAGUUGUUGGCCAGACACCCGAGGUGAAUGUAACAGCCUCCCUCUGGAACCAUGGAGAGGACUCCUACAGCACCACACUGACAUUCUUCUAUCCUGCAGGGCUCUCCUAUCGCAAGGUCACUUUGCUGCCGAGCAGCAAGAAGGUUGUGAGUGUUAGAUGCCACUCAGCUCCUGACUCUGAAGAUCAGGCCAACUGGGCCACCACAUGCAACAUCAACCACCCCAUUUUCUGGAGUGGGGGGCAGGCUAUCUUUAUUGCCACAUUUGAUGUUUCCCAAGAUGCUGAUCUAGGGGGCAAUCUGCGGAUCAUGGCUAAAGCCAAGAGUGAAAAUGGUGGCAAUAUCACAAAGGACAUGGUUCACCAAGCGGACUUGCCUGUCAAAUAUGCCGUGUACAUCAUUAUCACCGCCAUUGAGGAGUCAACCAAGUAUGUCAACUUCACAAUUGGCCAGGAGGAAGCAAGCAAAAGUGUGGAACAUCGAUAUGAGGUGAAGAACCUCCGUGAACGAAGCAUCCCCAUUUCAGUAAGGUUUCAGAUCCCUGUGAAACUGAAUGGGAUCCAGCUGUGGAAUGUGUCUCAGGUCUUCCCCUCUGAGCCUCAGCUUGCCAGAUGCGUCUUGGAAAGAGAAACUCCAGGCAUCAAGGAUUUUCCAGGGAAGGAAGAGCCACUCCUCCUGGACUGCUCCAGAGCCGCCUGCAAGGUGAUCCGUUGUGAUGUUUCAUUGCUGGAGUUACGAAAACAGCCACUGGCGUUCAGGAUCAAGGGGGACAUCAGCUUCCGGUGGGCAUCUCAGAUCCAGCAGAAAAAAGUGAUAUUGGUGAGCUCGGCACAGAUUUCCUAUGAUGAGGAAAAAUACACGGAGAAGGAGGGCUUUGCACAGACCCAGGUGCAGACAGUGGUGGAGCGCAUUGAGUUCUACAACUACCUGCCUGUGAUCAUUGGCAGCAGCCUAGGGGGGCUUGUCCUUCUUGCUGUCCUUGUGGCAGUCCUUUACAAGGUUGGGUUCUUCAAGCGCCGGUAUAAGCAGCUGAUGAGUGAUGAUGGGGCGGACAAUGCAACUGCACCACCUAAUCCCACCACUCAAGACAGCAGCUCCUUUCCUGCUUGCAAAGACAAUGACUCAUAAUGACUGUUUGGCACUCUAGAGAAGGUGCCCUUCACAAGACUGUUCUUAGAGCAACAGUUUUCCUCCCUGCUGUCCUCCGCUGACAAAUAUUCCGAGGCACACUGUCCCUGAACACGGAAGUUUCACUUAGCCACCAUGGCCAAUCUAUAGACCCAUUUUCCAUGCAUUGGCUUAAAAGCCAUCGAAACUACUGGCUAACUUCCUAUCCUUUGGCAUGUCUCCAUAACCAGAACUCUGUCCUUUAUUUCUUCACACAGCCAUGCUGAUAGAAAAGUGCAAACACUUUUGCAUGUUUGAAAGUCACGUUGAUAAAGCAAGAUUUAUCUGUGUUUUUAAAAAAAAAGUUACCACUGAGCAUUACAGUUUGUAACUGGUGGUCUUUAGUACAACAGAUCAUAUUUUGCAGAACAAAUAUAUGUUUAAUUCUAUGGGUUGAUAGUGGGGAGGAUCUUAAAAUAUCCUUGUGGAAAAUACCCUUUGGUUUCAGAUCCUACUUUUAGAAGGAGACAUGAAUGUAUUCCUGCUGGGUUUCUAAUUGCUGGUGGCAUUUCUGUACUAGAGUCCCAUUAAACCAGAGGCCAGGAAUUUCCCUAGUCUGUUUCUAUUUAGGUCCUCGAUUGUCAGAUCAGCCAAAAAUAUUGGAAAUGUGGCCAUGUAUAUGCAAUGAAAAGAGUAUAAAAAGUCACAGAAAUAUGGUAACUAUGUGUUAACAAAAUGGUGGGGUAUUCCAGGCCCUGGGGUAGAGUGACCUUACUGCAUAUUCCCCCUAACCAUGUGUCUUACUCAGAUUUAGAAAAGUGUACAUAGAAUUGCAGCCUUAGAGAUUAUGCCAAAUGCCCUCAGGAGUAAGACAUAACUGAGUACCCAUAUAUGUACAUGCAAGAAAUGCUAAAGUCAAUUUUUGAUUGAAUUUGUUUUAGUGGACUGUGACUUGUCUUGGGAAAUGUGUAUGUGAAUGAGACUGGGCAAGGGAAU